AUGUCGGACCUCAAAGUUCUUAUCGUAUGGAAUAUUUGCCGCUCCCCCAUGGGUGAAGCUGUACUGAGGGACGUCGCAAAGAAGCGUGGAGUUGAUAUGUUUGUGGACUCUUGUGGAACUGCAGCGUACCAUGCUGGAGAAGAACCUGAUGGCAGGCGACACAAUAUUCCAAUCGAACAUAGCGCUCGUCAGAUACAGACAUCCGAUUUCACUCAAUUCACUCAUAUUCUUGCGGCCGAUGACUCUAAUCUUCGAAAUCUGGAACGUGUCAAGCCAAAGAACGCGACAGCAGAAGUGUGUCUCUGGGGAUCUUAUUUGGAUAAUAAGCCUAUCACCGACCCAUAUUAUGGUGGAAUAAAUGGAUUUGAAAGGGUUUAUCAGCAGUGCUUGUCCCUCUCAAACGCUUUCCUAGAUCAAGUUGCAAAUGAUAGACAUAGUCAGUAUCUGUAA